AUGCCUGACGCGGCCCAUCGGCCCCUCAGCGCGCGGACAGCGCAGCGAAUUCACGAACAAGUGAUUCGUGAGGUUUUUCGACUCGCUGGGCGCGAUCCCGAUCAUCACAUGGAGUGCUUCGAGGCUUGCCUAAAGACUAUCGAGGACACCACAGUCGUCGAGGCAACUGACUAUGCUAUCUGGGAGAGCCAGGAGCAGAUCGCAAGUGCCCUGAAAGAGUUUUCCAAUACCAACCGAACCACCAAGAGCGGCAACUUUUACAUGCUCCCUGCGACUAUCGCCGUGGCUAUUGCCGUCGUUCUGAACCUGAAGCACGUCGCCAUCAACUCUAAUGGCAACACCAAACACAUCGUAAGCGCUGUCUCUGAGAGUGCUGUGUGGGCUUACCUUGGUAUUGCAAUCGAUGUAUGGCCUCAGACUGGUGAAUCUCAUUUCUUCGUUAAGAAGUCCGACGAAGACUCAAACUCUCCAACUGUUGGAAAGAUCGCCCGUGGAAAGUUUGCUGUCACAACCAAUAUCCCUGGAGAUGCUAUCACCCCUCUGAUGCUUCUUACUAUGGCGAGGUUCAGUGGCUGGAUCAAGACAGCACCGGGUGCCCGUUGUCUGAAGAAGGGAACUGUCGACGCGCCGCAAAUCAUCCACCGCCGACAAGCAUUAAGCGAGGGCAAAGAAAUCCUAGAGAAACUAGGAAACCGAAAGUUCAAGCAAAACGAUCCAGCUCUCAUCCGAGAGGUAAAGGCAUGGCUCUCGGAGCCCAUCAUCCGUGUGCUUCCAGAGGAGGCGAAGAACCGACUAUGCCAAGUCGCGAAAUCCUGGUUGCCUAUCAUCAAGGAUGCAGACACGGACCUAUCAGUUUACAAGUUCAUGGGCAAGACCGGUGCCACUCUUGCAUCUCUGGUUUCUGAUGAAAUCGACUAUAUCCAACUGGCUCAACAGGUCAACGAACCAGAAUCAACCGCCGCUGUAAAGAAGCUGGUUGAACUGUCAGGCAAGGCCCGUGAGAUUCAAAAAUCUCUGCAGAGCUAUGUGCAGGAAGUAAGCCCCAGUCUGAUGGAACUUCGAACGACCCUCCUGGAGAAACCCGGUUGUCAGUCGUUCCAGCAAGUUUUUGGACCUCCUUGGAAUCAAUGUCUACUCUACCAGGAAGCUGACGGUACCAAGAACAUUAUUGUUGGCGCUCUUCAGCGUCUCUUUGACACUAUUGCUUAUGUCGUUCCUCGAACACACUCUAUGUACGGCGCUUUUCUUGACAUGGCCUCCAAGAUGGAUAUCACUGUCAUGUCUUCCCUCGACCUUGAUCUGGCCCGAGCCAAAGACCGUCAUCAGAAGCGGCUCAACAUCAACGACGACCUGUCGUAUCGCAACGAAAUCAUGACCAAUGUGGCUGAAGCCAUUGGCAGAUUCGAGCGUGGGUCAGCAUCGCAGGAACGACUUCUUCGUACAAAGCUCUGCUCGAUCCUCGACGCAGCUGAUGCUCUGAUUCUGAAGGAGAAUCUUCCGCGGGAUAUCAGCAUCGUGGUCUCAACUAACAACAACGACGGACAAGCUUGA